CUUAUUCGUUCUCUCUCUCUUUCUUUCUUUCCCCCCUUUUCCAGUCCUGUAUUCAGUCGGGCCUCUGUCCUGCUCAUAGAGGAUCCUAUGAGCUUGCAGUACACAAGAGCCCAUAUGAAUCCUGUUGCCGAAUGGACCCCUGGCCUCAGGGCCGGUAGGAUGCGCUUAAAGUCAAACUGUGAUCGCUUUAAACCUUCUGUCUUGGAGCUUUAAGGCUGUAUGGACAUGGAUGAUUAGGAUCUGUUGUUCAUGAACUUUUGUUUGUACAGACAAACGUCACUUGGAUGACCUGUUGAUCGAUUACCGCGUGCUGAUUUAGUGCUGUGAUAGUGUCGGUGAAUGGCUCGGCGCAGUUCAGGUAGACGCGGGCAUGGGGGCAGCUGGCUCACGGCCUGUUUUUUCCCAUCAUCCUCAGGGAGAGAGUGUGGAGAUGCUCUGGGUACAGAGGAGUGUAGAUGUGUGUAUGUGGUGACGGCAGAUUACCAACGGCAGGAGAAGACAGAGAUCAAUUUGAGGGCAGGAGAGAAAGUGGAAGUGAUCGAGAAAAGUGAGAGUGGGUGGUGGUUUGUAAGAACAGCUGAAGAACAGGGCUGGGUUCCUGCUACAUACCUAGUCUCUCUCACAAGACAUCGAGACAGCAACAAAGCAGCGACUGCAGAGCCAGAGCACUAUGUCACAAUUCAGCCAUACAGCAGCUCCAGUCAGGAUGAGCUUGGCUUUGAGACUGGCGUCAUAGUUGAGGUCAUCCAGAGGAAUCUGGAAGGCUGGUGGUUUAUACGUUACGGAGGAAGAGAAGGAUGGGCACCAGCUGCCUACCUACGGAAGAUGCAGGAUGGUGUUAUGCCUGGCAACCAGACAACAGAGACAAAUAAACCAGCCAUGCAGGGUCAAGUGGAAAUCAUCGGAAACCUCAUGGAGAUCAGCAACCUCCUGAACAAGAAACCAGGCAGCGAACGGCACGCGCAAAAUGACACCAACACGCACCGUCACAGCAAUACAUCUGUACAUUCAAAAACGGACACCUAUACACAAUAUAAUGGUGAUGCAGAACAGACAGAUGGUUUUAUUAAAAACACAUAUGGUGACAGAGACACUGCCAGUUUUAGCACAGCGGCUAAGAUGGGAUGCAGCGGCUCAGUAAGGGAAUCUGGUGACCAGGUGAGCUCUAGCGGUCCACCACACACAGAGACAGGAGCGUGUCUUAUUGUCUCAGAUAUGGGUGUAUCUGUAUCCGUGUCAGACGCCAGUGUGUCUGUGGCUCUUCCGGAAGCAAGCGCAUGUUCUUCAAUACCAUUUGCACCAAAGAACAAAACUGUCCCUCCAUCUCCUGCCAUUGCUCGCGUCGCACCUCACAGAGUCCACAGCGUAGAGACCAAAUCAGCAUCAAGCAGUCAAAAACCACCUCCCCGCCGAGAAAACAGCUUGGGCUUCCAGUUACCGCAGCCCCCAGAUCCCCCUAGUGUUGAAGCCGAGUAUUACACUAUUGCUGAGUUCCACUCCUGCCUGACAGAUGGGAUCAGUUUCAGUGGAGGACAGAAAGCUGAUGUCAUUGAGAAGAACUCUGGAGGCUGGUGGUACGUUCAAAUUGGAGAAAAAGGGGGCUGGGCCCCGUGCUCUUACAUCGACAAACGUAAGAAGCCUACUGUGAACCGUCAAACCAGCACACUGACCCGCCCCAAGGUCCCACCUCCUGCACCACCAAUUAAAAAGCAGAACUCUCUUCCAUGCGUAGAAUCACAGGUCAUACCUCCAACAAGGUUGUAUGAGGAACCAGAAUAUGACGUUCCCACAGUAGGCUUGGAAUUUGACCCCGAGCAGGAGUUUUUCCCAGGGGAAGCACCAACUAAACCUCCACCUCCUUUAGUUCAGCGUAAUGUUUCCUUUACGUUGGGGGUGGGGGACGAAGAGGAAGAUGAGGGUGUUUAUGCGAAUGGUGAGUUCAGACCUGUACCACCCAGUCAGGAGAACAACCACUCAGACAUAUACUUGCUCUCUGGAUCCCACCGGGCAUCUAUGUGGGAUCCACCUGAAUAUGACGCCCCUACUAUCGAGCCCAGUAUUGAAGUUAACUCUCCGCUUUAUACACAAUCCAAACCCAACCAACAGCAACCUAAGCUUAAACAGCAAGUUGACGAGUCCAAAUCCAAACCAUAUGUCCGACCAAAACCAGCGAACCCAGACUGUAGUUCCAUCAGGAGGCCUGGAAAGUCUGCAAAUCAGGAACAACCAGGCCAAAUACAAUGCAGAGUCUCCCGCACAUCAGAGGGGUCCGAAACUGGCUCCACCGUUACGUUAAAUGACUCUUCUGGCUUCCAGACAUGUUUCCCAUAUCCAUCCCAUGACAGCUCUACCAAUCUGUACCGCACUACUGCUGCGUACCAGCAGGAGGAGCCAUGCGAGAUCAGCUUCCCCGCAGGAGUUCAGGUGGAGGUUGUGGAAAAGCAAGGGAGCGGUUGGUGGUUUAUUCGCUGGGGGAAUGAAGAAGGCUGGGCGCCCACCUACUACCUACAGCCGAUCAAAAGCUCAGAAACAAGCGGGACAGAAGCCAAAAACACAGAGAAGGUGCAUUUGGAGACGUCUUGGUGUGGGACUCCUGCCUCUGAGCUUCCAGAGAUUCCAGUGCAGGUAGAUGUUGGAAAGGGGGGUAGAUGCAUAAAUCUGGAAAAGAACGAACAACGUGUUAACCAAAGCCUGAAAAGCGGCCACAGAUCUAACCAGCAGAACUGUCGCGUUGGUGUUAAGCAGGCCGCAGUUAGACCUCAGAACGUCCUCCACAACAAAGACAACACAAACAGCUCUUCUGCUAACACGCAUACAGUGCAAGCGGGACGCAGGAAUGAUGCUCUUCCCAACCACGCCUACAAUGAUCAAUCCACCUCUUCCUGUGCCGGUAAUACGGGUAGCAUGAGGCGUAAGGUCCCGGUUUCCAUGGUGAAGCCUAAACCUCAUCUCAUUCACAACAACCUGCGGGAGGAGUACGUGUCUAUUGCCGAUUACCGCGGUGAUGCAGAGACAAUGAGCUUCCCCGCCGGUACCAGGCUGGAGGUGUUAGAGAGAAACCCCAACGGCUGGUGGUACUGCCGCGUGCUCGACUCAACCAAGACACGCAAGGGCUGGGUUCCCUCCAACUUUCUUGAGAGGCGGAGCUAGUAGAACUCAAAGGGUUAGUGUUAAAUUUAGCAGUUACCGUUUUUUACAGUAUAGGCAUUGUGGAUGGUAUGCUUACUAAUUGAAAAUUGGUAAAGAUGGAGUUUUGGUAAACUAACAUUAUUAAUAAUGUAGUUUACCCUUUUAGGAAUCAUCACUAAAAUAGUGUCACUAUAGUGAGAAGGACAGUGACGUAUUUAACCAUGACUAAACUAACACUAAACCUUGACCACAACCCACUGGUAAUUAAAAGGCUCUAUUCAUUAUGUUUACAAAAUAAAAUGUGCAAAAUUUAGUUAUUUUUGGACAAUAUCCAAACACAAAGUGGGCAGGUACUCAAAUCAGAUGGCAUUUGUGCCCACAGUGGGACAAAAAUGGAACCUGGACCUAUAAAUAAGUGAAGUUGGUUGCUGAUAGACUUGUUUAUAUGCUUGUGCUGGAUGAUGUGAUAUUUUCACUGAACAAGCUUUUAUGUUAGUGUUAUUUUAUGUGUCUUUUUUACUAAAUAAUCAAGGUCUGUAAACAGAUCAGAUGCACUUUUAAUCAAUAUCUAUCUAUCUAUCUAUCUAUCUAUCUAUCUAUCUAUCUAUCUAUCUAUCUAUCUAUCUAUCUAUCUAUCUAUCUAUCUAUCUAUCUAUCUAUCUAUUAAAUUGUAUUUUCAUACACUGAAUGUCUCUUGGUUUGUACAAUUAAACAUGGUGCUAUUCAUUUAAAUAAAUAAUUUCAUUUUUAAAUAAAGUCAUGUUAAAUGGUCACCACCUUGCAGUUUUAUCACAAUAACUAUAUGGUAUGUGUGCAUAAACACUGUUUAUAUACACCAUAUUUAUUUAUAUUCUGUGUUGAUACAGAACUUAGUAAGCAGUUGGUUGACUGUCUGGUCUCAUGAGUAGAAACCUAAGUUAAGCA